AUGGAUAUGUUAUCGUCCACCGAGCAGCGCCAGCUGGAGCAGCGCAUGCAAAAGCGCCAGGUCAAGGAGUUUAUGGGCGCCUUUGGCGGACUCGUCGAGCACUGCUUCGUGAGCUGCGUCGACGACUUCACCUCAAAGGCCCUCGCUUCGCGCGAGACGGGCUGCAUCAACCGCUGUGUCCUCAAAUGGAUGGCCACCCAGCAGCGCGUCAGCGACCGUUUCCAGGAGCACAACGCCCAGAUCACCCAGCAGAUGCAGAACAAAUGA